CGUAAUUCAACUCGCAGACAAUUUUUAAAAUGAAGUGCGAAAAGUUGAGUAAAAUUUGUAAAUAAAGUUAAGUUUCUGAAGUUAUUUUCAAUAAAAAAAAUGAGCUUUGGUCCAGUAACACCUCGGGCCUUUGCGGCUAUACAAAAUCUGAAUAUUUCCGAGUUAGCUCAAUGCAGUUCAUCGGAAAUUCGACCCCUGCUGCCGUGUUUGGUUCGAAUGAGCCUGCUUCCGCCAUUGGAUGGCACAAAGACAUGGCUCGACGCCCGGAAACAUCUGCUAUCGAUUCUUGUGGGCAUUGAGGUGGUCAACAACAUUGUUUCAUUGUUGCAAGUAAGCUUUCACGAUCUAGAGGUGGAUGUUAAAAAAGAGCAACAAAUAAGGCAAAAACUAGGAUAUAACGCCCAAGAUUCGGCCCAAUUCCACAGUCUUCCUAAUGGAAUAGUUAUGGGAUUCGAAAGAGCCGAUAUCGUGAGUAAAGUACGAGUAGUCCUUUCAGAAUUAUUUUAUAUUCAAGCCCAAAUUAUGGAACAAAACAGUCAAGCCGCAGCACAAAAGUCAACUAAUGACAUUGUCAUUAAAAAGUCGGAACUUUUUGACAACGAUAUCUACAUGGAAGAAAUCACUGAUAUAAUAUGCAUAGCGCUUGCAGAGCUUCCAUCUUUACUCAACAUAUUGGAAGUGGUGGACACGCUUUUGUACGUCAACAAUGGUUCGCGGAUAAUUUGCUGGGUAGUAGCUAACAUGCCCGACUGCUUUCGUGAAGUAGUAACAACGUUAAUCACAACUGGUGACGAAGACACGCCAGAAGGUAAAUUGAAAUUGGCCGCGCUCUACGAGUUAUGUGAAAUGAACCCGAAUCAGGCGUUGACAACCAGAUCGAUUUGCGUUGAGCAGAACAAAAUGCCUUCGCUAAUGUUGAAACUUAGCUUGAAAGAUCCACAGAAUUUGGUUUCUUUUGUAUCUGGACUACUUUUGGGCAACGAUCAAACAAUACGUUCAUACUUCGCCAUGUACGUAAGAACCAGCCAGAAAAGGAAAGGAGAUGCACUUCAUUUAUUGCGAGACGAGUUGUUGAAACAAUUGCAGAACAUAGUUAUGUUUUCGAACAACUCCCAGCUACCCGAGGAGUAUGUGGUCCAAUCGGCAGCGAUGUUACGUCUAUAUUGCGCUUUGCGAGGAAUUUCAGGUAUCAAAUUCAGUGAUGAGGAAAUUUUAUAUCUUAUCCAGCUUAUAACAUCCAAGCCGCCACCAACCCCAGCUGGGAUCCGUUUUGUUUCAAUAGGACUUUGUAUGUUGAUAGCCUGUCCGUCACUGAUUGCAAAUCAAGGUAUAGAGGUGAAAAUAACGGAAUGGAUUCAAUGGCUUAUCAAAGAAGAAGCUUAUUUUGAAAGUGUCAAUGAGGUGUCUGCAUCGUUCGGAGAAAUGCUUCUACUAAUGGCGAUUCAUUUUCAUAGCAAUCAGUUGAACCAUAUCUUUGAAUUAGCUUGUUCGACAUUAGCUAUGAAAUUUCCACUUCGUCCGAAUACUAUAAGCCGCAUGAAACACAUUUUCACCCAGGAAAUAUUUACCGAACAAGUUGUGGCAGCUCAUGCUAUCAAGGUGCCGGUCACAAUGAAUUUAAAUGCCAAUAUACCUGGUUUUUUGCCGGUUCAAUGCAUACACCAGCUUCUAAAAUCACGUGCUUUUUCGAAGCACAAAGUACCUAUCAAAAAUUGGAUCUACAAACAAAUUUGUAACUCAACUACACCAUUACACCCGGUUCUCCCAGCAUUGAUUGAAGUGUACGUAAACUCCGUUAUAAUGCCCAAUCAGAAAGGAAUAAUGGAACAUACUAACAAAGCUCUGUCAGAACAGGAAAUAUUACAAGUUUUUCAGAGCAUAAAUUUCGCAUCCAGUCAGGAUACCGUCAAAAAGGAAACCAAAAUUGGAGCUAAUCAAUCCGAACCUACUUUGGCGGAUGACUCAUCGGGUAAAAACAACGUUAAUUUAACUCCUCACCUCCUGCUGUUAUAUUAUCUGCUUUUAUAUGAGGAUAUUCGGCUCAACAAUAUGGUUAACAUCAUCACGAAUGGGCGACAGGUCAAAAGCUAUUCCAAUGAAUUUAUGUCUGAACUGCCGAUUAAGUAUCUUUUACAACAGGCUCAAAGAAACCAACAGGAGUAUAGCGUUUUGUUUAGUCCACUUCUUCGUUUGCUGGUUACUCAUUUCCCACAUCUUUCAUUGGUUGAUGAUUGGAUAGACGAAGAGAAUAUCUCACUCGAAAGUACUUCUAACGUUAUUGUUAGUGAAUUCAACGUUGUAGAAGCGUUCGAGGAAAUAGACACAAAUCCAGGAAAAACUAUCAAAUGGUUGAAGAUUAUGAUGAGGAAAUCUCCUACUGAUUUAUGGCCUCUAGCCAAUACCUUCAUAAGAUAUAUAAAAAAAAUUCUCGGCAGUACUGUUCCUCAUCUCAUUCAAGAGUUGUACAAAAAAAUUUGGAUUCGAUUGAACACAGUUUUUCCUCGCCGUUUGUGGGUUAUGUCGAUUAAUGCACUUAUGCCAGAUGAAACGGUAACCAUAAAUUUUACAUUGACGCAAGAAAACAUUCUCAUAGACCCGCUACAAGUCCUACGAUGUGAUGAACGAGUGUUCAGAUGCGCGAGUGCAUUAGCUAUUGUACUAAGAAUUUUACAAGCUAGUUUAGCGGCUUCUAAAAGUCAACUUUCAAGACACAUGAUGGAUAAGCCUCUUAUCGAUAUUGGAAAUCAGGUGAAGUCGGACACCGAACGAGAGGAGCUCAAGCUGGCGCUGGUGGCAUCGCAAGAAAGUGUAGCGGUGCAAAUUCUGUUGGAGUCGUGUCUGGAAUCGGAAGAAGAUCGUAUUAAACCUGGCCGUCAGUGGUCGCUGCGAGAAGUGCGCGGCAUUGUGUGCUCUUACAUUCAUCAGGUGUUUAUAGCUGAACCGUCACUGGCCAAACUAGUUCAUUUUCAAGGAUAUCCCCGAGAAUUACUGCCCAUUACUGUACGAGGCAUACCAUCGAUGCACAUAUGUUUGGACUUUAUUCCGGAGUUGCUCAAUAUGGCAGAGAUGGAUAAGCAAAUAUUUGCUAUCGACCUGGCGUCGCAUCUUUCACUACAAUACGCUCUGCCUAAAUCAUUGAGUAUAGCUAAACUUUGCUUGAAUACGCUGACCACAUUGUUAGGAGUUUUAUCCGGCGACACCCGCAUCGAGAUGUUCCGAUCUGUUCUUCCCUGUAUCGUAAGAUUUUCUGAGGCAUUUCCUCCUCUGCUGGACGAGUGCAUAUUGUUUCUAAUGCAGUUAGGACGUAUUGUGGAGUCCCAAACCGCCCUUGGUCGCUCUGCUUCACUUCCUUCGCUCUAUCUCGGACCGGAUGCAAAGUUACGUUCUCAAAGUAAACGCUGUGACUAUGCCGAAAAACUGGUGGAUGAUAUGAAGGAAACAU